AUGGAAAUUGAACCAAUGGAAGUGGAACCGGAACCAAUGGAAAUGGAAUUACCAGAGGUGGGAUCAAUGGAUGUAGAAUCAGCAGAAUUGGGGUUAACAGAGGUGGAAUCAGAUGUAUUAGUAGAAAUUGAUGAGAAAACAAAAAUGAGGCUAGCAAUUGAAGAAUUAGAUGGGAUGGCAAUUGAUAUUUUAGAAAUUGCAAUUCCGGAUACAAUGCUUGUUUUUGGAUUUGACAACAGUUCCAGCCACAGAGCCUUCGCUGAAGAUGCAUUGGUAGCAAGCCGAAUGAAUGUUGGAUUUGGAGGUAAACAAUCUAAAAUGCGGCCCAGUCGAUUUUCUGAUAGCACAUCCCAAGAGAUAGUUUUUUCAUUAAAUCAUCAAAACAAAAAAAAAGAGGACAACCAAAAGGAAUUGCAGAAGUAA